CCACUUUUGCCACCCAUGUCCUCUGAACUCGACGAGGAGCUGCUCGAACUUGUUGACGGAGGCUCAGAGCGGCCCGUGUCGCGCAAGCGGCCGCGGGACUCUUCGGGCAAGUCAUCGAACAAGAAGCGGAAGACGGCUGAUUCUGAUGCGGAGCCGGAGAGCGAAGACGACGACGAUGCGAGAGGCAGCUCACGCCCACGCAAUGCGAAUACUAGCGAAGAAGGAGACAAGUAUCCCCUCGAGGGCAAGUACAUCGACGAGGCAGACAGGGAGGAACUGCUUGGGAAGACCGAAAUCGAGCGGGAACAAAUCCUCGCUGCCCGACUGGACGAAGUAGAACGGAUCCGUGACCGGAAGCAUCUCGACAAACUCCGACAGCAACAAAUUGCUGGUGUCGUGGGCACGUCAGCCGACGAGGACCGUGGCUCCGGUGCCGCAAGACGAACAGCUCGCAGUCUUCCCAAGGACCACACCAAGGACCGUUCACUAACUGCGCUGAAGGCCAAGCGGAAGGCCAAGGAUGAGAAGAAGCGGGAUCCCAGCUCCCCACGGCCUCGUUCUCAUUCGCCUGAUGACAUGGACAUGUCUUCAGACGAAGAAAAAGCGGAGGCUGACAAUGACACACGCCCUGAGCGACGUGAACGUGAUACUCUAGACGGGCCCAUGACUCUUGAAGCCCUGAAAAGGAUUACCGUCAAGCGCGACGACCUGGCAAAACAUUCAUCGUCGCCGUUUUUCGAGCAAAUUAUCGAUGUUGGGUGCGCUAUUGUAUUGGAUCCCAGGGCAGCGAACCCGUAUAUCGACUGUGUCAAAUCCGAAGUACUGUUCCCCUUUCUCCAAUCUCAUCCCAAUUUUACGAUUUCCACAGAGAUCGUGCCGAGCCCCAAGCCAUACGAAAUGGAGAGGCUUGGACGAAAGGUCACGAUGAACGAUGCUUUCGAACUCAAACAUGGCUCAGCAGAGAAGGUGUGGGCUAUGAGUCAAGCCUCCAACACCGAAUUUAAAGAUGAAGAAUACAAGCGCUUGGUCGACACUUACGCUCACGAUAAAAUCAGCUUUCCAACGGUGCGAGAGGCAGCUGAGCGACAUAUGGAGCAACAAAAAUACCUCACGAAGCUUGUGACCGAGGCAUGGUUUUCUGAAGAUGUCAAGAACAUGAUAGCUCGAAAACGUGGCAAUGCGCCGACCUCGAACAGUGUGGUGCUUGAGCGUGCUCGGCUUACCGCAGCUCGAAAGCUGGCAGUCAACCGACACGACAAUGCCGAGGUCGCGCAAAUUGAUGAGCAGUUGCGUUUGUUGAACGAGUCGAACACGAAUGUUGCUGUGCGGGAGACGCAGGAAGAUAAGCUGGCCAAGGUGAACGAACGGAAUCGGAAGGCGAACAUGGAAGCGGUUAGGAGGGCUGAGUUGGAGGCCGCAGAGAGGAAGCGGAGAGAAAGGAAGGCCGCUGCGAGCGGGACAUCCACACCGACAACAAGAGCGUAUGAUCCGAGCGCAAGGCUGAGAACAGUACCAAGGACUUUUGAGAGCUCCACACCUGGGGGAACUCGUGCUUCGACACCGAACCCCACAACUGCGAACGUGGCCAAUACGUCCUCGGCUGUCGCGACGCAUGGAUUGGGGAAGUCGCUGAAUGCGGUUGCGCAGGCGAUCGAGGUCGAUUUAGGCGAUUUCUGA